AUGGCCGAUGCGUAUUUUUGCCGAGCAAGCUCUGCUUUUGAAGGGUAUUGCAUCACGCAAGCACAGAUCGACACCCUCAGGGCCUACAUUGACGGCACAAGCACCACCGAAGAAGCCGUUUCAUUGCUGGUAUCGUAUCCAGAGGCCUCCCCCAGCCCAGUCGAGAUGAAGCAGCGACUAGGCGGGCUGUGGACGCUGCUCAACGACACUGCUGUAAACCUUGAGUUUUCUCAGCCACAAGUGAUAAAUAUCCUCAAACACAUCCGGACACUACCGGGGCGUCCUGAGCCAAAAGGCGAGGGAGAAGGUUUCAUCGAUCUCGACGACGGUUUCUACUGGAGAGAACUCACCGACUGGGGAAUUAACUGGGCGGACGCUUUCAACAGCUACAGUGCUCAGCUUUUUAACGCGGCCUGCCCGACACAAGAGGAGCGCCGCGCACGUGAACGACGCUGGAAUAGUGCCUGUAGGUAUUCGGCGCGUCUAGCCUCUACUGGCGAUGCAACACUGUCCCUUGGCGCCAGUCUGGAUCUUGCUACAACGGCCAUCUCAGAAGGUCUUGAAACAGACUUGACUGAGCAAGGAUCUGGAUGCCUCGAUACUGCAGCGCAGGUGUUCGAGCAUGCAAGCGGGGAGCUAUGGCGUCGAUGCAAAGAGAAGCAAGCUGAGGGUGUCUUGUCAAGUUCCAAUGGGCUAUGGCGUGGUCAAGCGGGUUAUUCCAUUGAUCGCUGGCAGUUUUGGAAGGAUAGGUGGAAUUCCUUGGCGGAACAGCAAGCUAUCUCUCCCAAUAUUCGUGACUUGGCAAAAGAAGCGCUAGCACAUAUGGACAUGGUGGAAGACUGA